AUGGACAAGCCAAAGCAUCCCGGUGAACAUCCACUUCCACAGAACGAAACACCAGGGCCAUCAACCACUGCAGGUCAGCCACCAUCUUCUGAAGGACAGACAUUAUCUCCUGUCAGCCAAGUGGAGUCACUGCCUAGACGUCAGACGGAGCCAUCUCAAAAAACCCAACCUCAUCCACAGCUGAACAAGUCCCAGUCUCUGACCAACGCUUUCAACUUCAGCCAGUCGUCAUUCUUCCGCUCAUCCAAUAACGAUGAUGAAGCUAAAGCAGAUACUAUCCGGAAUCUGAGGAAGUCCUUCGCCAGUCUGUUCUCCGACUAA